CGAGUCUGUAGUCGUCAUUUGAGACGGCGUUCCCAAAUUUAUCAUUAAUUAAUCACGAAAUGAGAUAAAUACCUUUAUAAUAAUGUUUUCAUUAUAACGGUGACAGUGAACGUCUGCGUGUGUUUGUAAUGUGCAACAGAAAUUAACAGUUCAAACUGAAUUCUGACAAUAAAAUGCCUUUUGUUAACAUCAAAAAGCAAUACUUAGCAAUCGGGAUGUUGAUUUUUGUAAUUCUGUUUUUCUUUAAUUCUAAGCCUGCUUUUCAAUGUCAGAUUUCGACGGAUAAUCAGGUGGUUUCUUACCUUCCAAUCAUCUAUGGAAUUACCCCAACGUACACCAGAUUAGCUCAAAAAGCUGACCUCACCAGGUUAUCCCAAACUUUGAUGCUUGUUAAGAACUUUCACUGGAUUGUUGUGGAAGAUGCGGAAACAAAGACAGACUUAGUAAAAAAUUUCCUAAAAGAGACUGGGCUUAAAUACACACAUUUAAAUGUGAAGACUCACAGUUCAAAACAUUCCACGGCGAGUGGCGUAGAACAACGCAACUUGGCUCUGGAUUGGCUGCGAGAUCAUUUGGCGAAGAUCGAGGACAAACGGGGCGUCGUCUAUUUUAUGGACGAUGACAAUACAUAUGCUCUCAAAGUGUUUGACGAGAUGCGUAAAAUCAACAAGGUAGGCACGUGGCCGGUGGGAAUCGUCGGCGGCAUGCGAGUCGAGAUGCCCGUGGUAACAGACGGCAAAAUAACCGGGUUCAAUGCCGUGUGGAAACCGUUCCGGCCGUUCCCUAUAGACAUGGCCGGGUUCGCGAUCAACGCGACGCUGUUCCUGGAGAAGCCAGACGCGAAGUUUUCUAGAAAAGUGCAGUCUGGAUUCCAGGAGAGCGAAAUCCUCAAGUACUUCACUACAAAAGAUGAACUGGAACCUUUAGCCGAGAACUGCACCAAAGUGUACGUCUGGCACACACGCACUCAGAAACCUUCCAUCAUAAACCCUAAGAAAUUGAAGCAUCCACCGGUUAUAUCAGACGCCCACAUUGAAGUUUGAUUCUGUAAGAUCAAGUUUAUGUGGAAAAAAAAUAUCAAUCAAUUGAGUUGUACUUUUAAAUUGCAAGUACUACUUUUUCUAAUAUUGGUAUGGGACAGUGCUUGACCAAUCAAUAAUAAUGAAUCAUUAGUCCAUCGAUAUAUGCGCGUUCCAUAUAAGACCUCGUCUAACUAACCAUUGCGGAAAUUGUGGUCAACGCACUUAAAUUAACAAUAAAAAAACUAUUGUCGAUGGAAUUCAUUUUCAAAUUACGUCAUGGGAUUAUACGGCCAUGAAUAUACAAGUCAAUCUCUUAAUUUUUAGGGGUACUAUUUAAAACUAUUAGGGGUACUAUUUAACAAUAAUAGGUUUGGAAUAAAAUAAUACACGUGGUAAUAUUUACGCAUAUUGCUGCUGUACUCAAGCGGUUGAUUUUGACUAUAAAAUAUUCAAAUAACGCGCCUAACAACCUGAGUUUUGUAUUAAUUUGAUGCAAAAAUACUCCAGUUUAUAUUCACAUAUAUCUUAAUAUAAACAUUAUUUAUGAAGAUUUUUUUCAAGAACAUAUAUAAUUUUGAUUAAACAUAUUCAUUAGCCAGCAUAAAAGUAGGUAUGACCCGCUCGUACAGGUCAGAAUUUUGAAUGUUUCUCAAUGUACUUAUAAGGCGUCUCCGUCAUAUUCUAUCACAAGUACAGCGGCCCACAACUGAGAUGUGGUACACUGUACAGCGGAAUACAGAAUUAAAUUCAGUUUUACAAACUUUUGCCAUGAAAAAUUGUUGUCAGUAAUAUGUUAAACGAAAACGAAUAUGUUAUUGAGAAAUAAAAUAUUUUGUACCAGUAUGCACACUCGGCGUGUUAUACUCAAAUGUAUGAAAUUUUCUAGUGAAAUAAAAUAGAUAAUAUUCACCAGUGUAACAAAUAAGAUUGACCCUAAAAAUAAGAAAUAAUUGUAAUUAAUAUUGGCAUUACUUAUUUUAGUAGUCUUUGGGAUAUUUACUACGAUUGUACUGCCUUUUUGUAUAUUUUUGUUAUUUUUUUUUACUUUUUUAUAUUGUUUUGUUGUUGGUCAAAUUUUUAUUAGGAUCAAAGUUUUUACCAUAUAUUUUCAUAAAUACUUUCCGUAUAGUUUUUGUUUCAAAAACCGAAAAUAUUUAAUAAGUUUCAUUCCAACCUGACGAAAUAACAUAUCAUUUUGGUUUUCCAAAUGUAAAACCCAAAAAUUCCUUAACGCUAGAAUUAGUCUCUUAGGGAAAAUAAUUUAUAAGCAUGAAUUCUAGGGAUCAUAUAUUUUCGGCUUAUCACAACGAAUUUUGAUAUUAUCCCCCAUUUCAUCUUAAUUGAGUAUUGUAAUCAUGAACAAAAUACUUUGUAUUUUAAAUUAAACAUAAUGCUAUUAUUGUACCUUUAUGUCAAGCAUAGUGAAGUAAACUUAAAUUUAUUAUUUAUUACUAGUUUUAUACUAGUCUAAGAGUAUUAUUAUAUGGAGAUAUUUAUUAAGACCUUUAGAAACUACAUUAGUUAAAAUUGUCAUAAUAACUAUAUUAAGCCUAAUUUAAUGAAAUUUAUUUUGUAGCUGAUUGUCUGAUUUAUUGUUUUUGAGAUAAAUAUUCUUUCUGCCCAUUUCCUAGGCAGCAUUAGAAUGUGGCACGCAGUAAGUUUUUGCAUACACAUAUACAUUAGGUAUUAUCACUACAGUAUACCUUGAGAGACAUGAACAUUUGUUGUCAAAUGCGAUCUUCUGGUUUUAGUCCUAGCAAAUUUUACUUGAUCAGUACUCUUUGCAUACAGGCUCGACAAUAAUGGCUUGUGAUUAAUUUUGUUAUGAUAUGUAUAUCGAUCACUUGUAUAAAUUAUUUGUCUGUCAUUGUAUUUUUUUUUAGUUAUUUUGUCUAGUCCGGUUUGAAUUCUUAACAUAUAUAUUCGAAUUAAUUUGAUUGACUUGAUAAAUAUGUGUAUCUUUUAUGAGUAGUUAUGUUGCUUCUGAAAACUGCAGCUCUCGAUAUUAAUUUGAAAAAAUGCACAUAAUUCAAUACAAUAGGUAGGUUACAUAUACGUUUUUAAAUAGCAGCUUAAAAUACUCAAGUAACAAUUAGUAUAUCUUAAUCUUAACUAAUAGUAGCUAUUUCAUUUAGUCUUCCUGGCUAUAGUCCCGGCUGCAUCCUCACCGCUCUGGAGAGAAGGGUAUGCCUUUGACCAUGGAACCUUUGGUUUGGAUUAGUCAGGUUUUUAGACCAAGCCACUCCCGUCUGUCCUCCAUACCCUUUGCAGGGAAACCUAGCCCGUAUUGGAUCGAUCAUGGUUACACAUCCAGUUCCCUGAAUGUGCAGGUUUCCACACGAUGUUUUCCCUUACCAUUAGAGCAUUGGUUUGUAAUCAAAUUAAUGUACAUAACUUCGAAAAUAGUCAUUGGUACAUGGCCGCAUUGAGAUUAGAACCGAUGUCUUGAUGUGCAACCGCCUUAGUAGUUUAAUCCUGAAGUAGUAGUUUAAUUAAAUCCUGAAAAAAAGUGAAUAUUUUGUUAUAGACCGGAAUAUUCACCGAUUAUCCAUAAAAAUAUAACAAUAGUAUUAACAAUUGGCUUGUCCGUAAGUGUUUCGUCGCAAAGGGAACAUAUUAAAAAAAAGUGGUAAUUCGCUUUGAUAGUUCGCUAGAUUUCAUAUACAAUAAAUCUUAUUAAUGUUAGCAAUCGGAAAAGUAAAUCAGGUAAUUGUUUUGUUUUAUAAGUAAUUAUUUUAUGAUAUAAAAUUUCUGAUCGGCCUUGGUAAUGAAUCUUUGAAUUAGUCAACAAAUCUAAUGAUCCUUGCUUGUAAACUCACAAUGUUAUAAUUAUCCUUAGUAAAUAACUUAAUGCUUGAUCCUUAGUAAUAUUAUAAUGUAUAGACAUUAUAAUAGCAAUUGUAUAAAUUGCUUUACCUGAAAUUAUUUGCAGUAAAAGCUUCUUUUUGUUUCAAAACAGGGUUAAUGUAAUAAACAUAACUUCUUUACUAGCAGUGCCAUAAUAAACGAUGCAGCUCAUAUACCAAGCUUAAACAUUUUUUUUUUCAAUUUGAUAAUGCCCAUUUUGUCAGCUGAAAGAUGCAAUAUAAUGUGCUCCAACUUAUAACGUAUUUUAAUGUAGCUACUAAAUUAAGAACUAAUAUAUAAAUGCUCAAAUCUUCUAAUCGGUCUAAAUAAUGUACUUACUUAUCUCAAGCCUUUAUAUGUAUACAAAUUUUGUAGUGUUGUUGGUUUUGUAGGUGUUUUUGUUAUUAAGUAAAACGUACCUUAUUUAUACCUGUCAUUUUCCUGAUAUUUGCCCCGGUUACGUCCUUACGACAUGCAUAGGAAAGAGAUGGAGUAAUCCUAUUCAAAAUCUCCGGAACCACACGGAACCGUUUAUACGUAUUGUAUGUAUAGAAAAAUGUACUACUUAUUUAAUAUUUAUUCCAAUAUUACGCUUACCUUCCGCUAUGUUUACAUUGUUCAUUCUUGUUAUAAAAAAUCUAUGGAAAUCAAAACACAAUAGAAAUUUCGAUUUCUGUAUUUUUUUUUGUGAUAUAUAAACGGUUUGGUAGACAAUGUAAUUUUAUAAUUCAUUUUAGUGCACAGUGGGCUAUAUAGACAAGUAUACAACCUUGAUACGCACUUUUGCACAAAUAUGAAAGUGGUAUACUUUACUUUGUGAUCCACUGUUCAAGCUACGUGUUUAAAAUAAUUUAAUUAUAGGUAGAUGCAAUAAAAUAUAUUCUACUCGAAUAAACAGUAUUGUAUCAUACUCGUAGUUUGAUCAUAUCAUCUGCUUCAAGUUAAGUUUAUUGGAUUGUAUUCAAAACGUAUUAAAUAUUGAACAACGACUUUUUACCAUAGUAAUUAAAUAUAUUGAUUAAAAUAGCUUUUAGUGACAGCUAUACAUUCUCUAUCCAUAGUCGGCCAAGAAUCGACUCACAAAGAUUACUAUGAACUUUGCUACACAUUAAAUUUAGUUAAUCUUAUUAUUGUAAAAUUAAAAAUUAAUAUUCAACGGAGAAACUGUAUAGCCGUCAUUAUAGAACAAUUUAGUGGUACACAAUCCAUUGCGUAUUUUUGUCAGUACAUUGGGCCACAUAGAAAAUUUGGCAAUCUUUGUAUAUUAAGUAUACUAGCGACAGAAAAAGAUGACCUUUUCUUCAAAUCACAAACCCGUUUACUUUUCUCCGUGGUCCACUGUACAUGAGCAUAGAAAUCUGUGUCUGUACGCAGUCCAGGUUCCUGUGUUCCUCAUUGUUUAUUUUCAAGGAUAAUAAUAUUGAAGCAUGGUUAAUGCUUGAAUUGGUAACGUCUUAAGUUUAAUCCAUUCUUUUAAUUCCAAAUAGUAUCAAUAUAUUUUUAAUUACUUAAUUGUUAUUGUUUUCGAAAUUGUCGGCUGUUUGGGACCACGAUAAAAUACUUGCCUCUGUUUCAAAAGAGAUUUGAUAUCCAAUUAGAGUACAAGAGAAAAAUCUUUUCUGACGGAAUUUGGUUUUGGAUGAGAUUGAUAUUUAUUUCAUGAAUACCUAAGCUAUAAAAUAUUAAGUAAGAAUCUAAUAACACAAAUCUCAGUCUUACUUUGGGACUACAUAGCAUAAUUUGAAUGAAUUUCAAAGCCAAGAAUAAUAAAAAUGGUAUUUUUUUUUUAUCUUAUUGAACAAUGUUGUGUUUUUUCUUUUUUGUAUAAGGACUUAAUUGUGAAAACUGCAAGCUUAAAAGGUUACCAACAAGUAUUUCAAUCUGUAUAAAAACUACAAUAAUAUUGAGUAAGUAUCAAAUACAUCACAAACAUAAAUCGCAAUAAACUAGGUAUAAUAAAUAGAACAAAAAUGUAUUCUAGAUUAAUUUACACUAGGUAUUAGAUAUAUACUAUUAGGAGACUCUUAUGUGAUGGUUUUUAGAUUUCUAUUUCAAUCAUUGUGUAAAUACUGAAUAAUUUUACAACACGAUAAUAAAAUAUUCAGAACA